UCUUAAUCAUGAACCGGUUUAACCAUUGAUUGUGUUGAUUUUCAGUCUAACAAUUAAAAUCCAACGUUUGUUUUUCAUUUAUUAUCACCAUAAAAUAAUAUAUUAAUUGUUGAUUUAAAUUGUGAUCAUUGUGUUUAUAGUUUGAUUGGUUAAAUAAUUUUACCUUAAUUAUUAGAUAAAAGUUGUUGAUUUGAAAACAAUUAAAACCAAACCCAAAGAUUGAUCAUCAUCUUAAUCCCAAACAGUUAAAUCCAAUUGUCAAUCUAAUUGUUCAAAGACAAGAGCAGAUGUAAACACUCAUGAUUAAUAUAUUAAUUGUGAUCAUGAAUCCAGGUUUAUAAUCAACUUUAAUUGUUAUUACAUGAAAAGUUAAUCUUUUCAUCUGUGAUUCUUGUGAUGAUCAAAUUUAUAUGGAUUCAAGAAACGAAGAGGAAUCAAUGCUAGAUAAUCCUCGAAACGGACCUUUAGAGGUAACGACCGGAGGAGUGGGAGGUAAUCACUUACAUCACCAUCUAAUAGCUGGACCAAUGUCGCCCGAACUACCAAAAAGUUCAAACAUGCCAAUGGACGUAAACAUUUACGCAACUCGGAAAACUGUGGCCCAAGGGAUGAUGGACAUCGCCCUGAUGACCGCUAAUGCUUCACAGUUGAAAUACAUUCUCAUCAACUCUGCUGACCAUCGGUACUUUGCUGUGACCCUUAGCUUGUUAACCUUUUCAAUAAUACUUCAAAUUGUUGUUGGAAUCAUUUUAAUUUUCCUCGGACGUUGGAAUAUUAAUUUUCGAGGUGACCAUCGAAAAGCGGAAAGUGCUAAUAACGCGGUUCUAAUUCUGAUUUUUCUAAUCACCAUUGUAAAUAUCAUGAUAACUUCCUUCGCCCCGGGGCCUGAAGAGGGCAAACUAAUUGGUUCACGAACUCCAGCCAUGACUAAUUCCCCAUGAAUCGUAAUUAAGAGCAAAUCAAUUAACAUGUUUGGGGCAAAUUUAAGACUGAAAAAAUUAACCCAUGAAUAAAAUUCAAUUGAACGACGA